AAGUUUUUAUUAUAUAUAUAUAAAAGAUGGGGUUGAGUUAAAAAGAAAAAUUCUCCUUCACACGAUCAUCCUAGGGGCUUCUCUUGUUUAAAAAAAAAUCUUUGCUUCUCAAACAUUUCAUAUAACCUUCAAAGGAAAAUCAGAUCCAGGCAUAGAAGCCAACCUGCAGAUAUGGGUGUCAGAAGUUGGCGCCUUGUGUUAUUCUCCUUGUGUCUUUUCUUCAGUUCAGGUCUAGUAGGUACAGCCAAAACAUUAAGAGAAGAAAACCAAGAAAUCUCAUCCUAUGAAUUUAGUACUGAAUUAGAUGCAGUUCCUGUAGUGAACCCUACAACUCCAGGCACAGCAAAUCCAUAUCCUACAUUAAACCCAACAACUCCUCAAGCACCUUUCACAACAGGACAGACACCACCAACCUCCACAACCCCAAAAACAAGCCCUACAACCCCAUACAUGACCCCCAUAAAUCCAUACACAAAUCCAACAACUCCAACUUCAACCCCCCCAAGCCCAAUUACAACUACUCCCACAACCCCAACCACUCCUACUACUGGAUCAAGUGGUGGUCAAUGGUGUGUUGCGAGCUCAUCAGCUGCUGAGAACACUCUUAAGGUGGCUCUUGACUAUGCUUGUGGGUAUGGUGCAGACUGUUCAGCAAUUCAACCAGGAGCAAGUUGUUAUAACCCAAAUACUCUGAAAGACCAUGCUUCUUAUGCAUUCAAUGAUUACUACCAGAAGAAUCCAGCUCCUACUAGCUGUGCAUUUGGAGGAUCAGCUACACUUAUAAACAAAGAUCCAAGCAAUGGGAACUGCCGCUAUACAUCAUCCAAAACACCAAGCGUUAGUUCACCAACUUUUGUAAGCCCCCCAAAUCCACCAAGUCAACCAAGUACCAUGACUCCAAGUACACCAACUAGUAUGACCCCAACAACACCAAGUAUCAUGACCCCAACUACACCAAGUAUCAUGACCCCAACUGCACCAGGUAUGACAAUUCCUGGAGGAGCAUCAGUGUAUGGUUCAGGACCAACAGGAAGCCCCAAUGUAGCAACAUCUGCUUCUCAUUCUGUGCUGCUACUAUUUACCUUAUGUGCCAUCUGGGCUUCACUUCAUGCAGAAAAUUACAUCUAGUGAUAAACAAGGUCCAAUCAUUCUUUAUGCUAUCUGCUAGAAUUCCCUCAGUCUUCCAGCAGCUUUUGCAAGACUACAAGGAGGCAGAGUCAAAAUGACAUAUUUGUCAUGUGAAUUCUCGCAUUAAAAUUAGUACUACUGUAUCUUAUUCUUACAUCAAUGUAUCCCUUUAGUAGAUCAUAAAGCCAGAGAAAAUGAU